GUGACCAGUGGACCCUUGCCUCAGAGGUUGCAAAGUCUCUGUCCCUCCCUGUUGUGAGCUCUACUUCUCACUGGGUUAGGCUCUGCAAAGGUUAAUAAAUCCUACUCCAACAUAUUUGUGAGAGGUUGUAUAUAUUUUUCCAUAGAUUUCAGUCAGUACCAUAGAUUAAAUGUAGAAGAAAAUAUGAAAACCCAAAGAUCUUCUAAUGAGACAGACAAAAAAGACAUUCGCAAAAAUAUAAAAUGUUAAAGAUCUACACUUUUCAUUACCCUGAUUAUUUGCAGAAAUAGUCAUUUUUAUUCAAAACACUUUCUGUUAACACACAUCAGCUUAUUAAUAUUAUUCUAAACGAAAUAGUAACAUCAUUAAAAAUGGUUUUAUUACUAGUGUGGUAAAAAAUGAUAGUUAUAACCUCAUAAAUAAAAUUUUACCUGGAUCCCAGCUAGUUUGUAAGUCUUAUGUACAGUUUGAGAAUUGCUAUAUAAGUUCCUGGACUUGGACUUGGGAAAACAGUGACAAAGGUCUUGGUGCAGGAGAGCAAAUGGCUGUGUCUGGGGCUAGGAAAAUAACUGUUGGGGAUUCCCCAUCUCCCUCGGUUUCACUUCUCCCAGCUUGCAUAAUCAGUGACCCAUCCCCCAGGCCUUCCUCAUUGCCUGGAGCAUUUCUAGGAAGGCCAAUCAUCACCUGGACUCAUAUAUAAAGUCUCAGGGUGUCCACCGAUGUGCCAUGGAUCAGAUCUCCUCAGACCCAGCAGAUGCAAGUCAUGACUCCUCCAAACUUCCUGCUGCUCGUUGGGGCCCUAGCACUGACCGAGACCCGGGCAAGCUCUCACUCCAUGAAGCUCUUUGAAGCAGCAGUGUUCCUGCCUGGGCUUGGAGAAGCCCGGUAUAUUUCUGUGGGCUACGUGGACAACACGCAGAUCUGGAGGUUUGACAGCUACUCUGUGAGUCCAAGGGUAGAGCCUCGGGCGCCGUGGGUGGAGCAGGUCCGGCAGGAGGUUCUGGACGAGGAAACGCAGUUGCAAAGGAGCAACACACAGAGAUUCCGCGUGCACCUCAACACCCUGCGCAGCUACUACAAUCAGAGCGAGGCUGGGUCUCACAGCUUCCAGAGGAUGUGUGCUUGCGAAGUGGGACCUGACCAGCGCCUCCUCCGCGGAUAUGAUCAGUACGCCUACGACGGCGCAGAUUACAUCACCCUGACUGAGGACCUGCGCUCCUGGACAGCGGCGAACCCGGCCGCUCAGAUCACCCAGCGCGAGUGGGAGGCCAGCAGAAAGGCAAAGCAGUUCAGGAAGCUCCUGGAGGACAGAUACGUGGAGCUGCUCCUCAGACUCCUGGAGUACGGAAAGGAGGUGCUGCAGCACACAGGUCCCCCAAAGACACAUGUGACCCACCACUCCAUCUCUGAGCAUGGGGUCACCCUGAAUUGCUGGGCCCUGGGCUUCUACCCUGCAGACAUCACCCUGACCUGGCAGCGAGAUGGGGAGGACCUGACCCAGGACACAGAGCUGGUGGAGACCAGGCCUGGGGGCAAUGGAACCUUCCAGAAGUGGGCGGCUGUGGUGGUACCUUCUGGAGAGGAGCAGAGAUACACAUGCCAUGUGCAGCAUGAGGGGCUGCUGGAGCCCCAAGUCCUGAGAUGGGUGCCCCCUCCUCAGUCCUCCAUUCCCACCGUGGGCAUCAUUGCUGGCCUGGUUCUCCUUGGAGCUGUGCUCACUGGAGCUGUGGUGGCUGCAGCUGUGAUGUGGAGGAAGGAGCGCUCAGGUAGG